AUGAAAAGCCAUGGUGCUGAGGUGUCAUCGCUUGUGAAGGAACUGCAGUCCUCUGUUGGAAUCUCAACUCCUUCUGUCCCUAUUCCGAGUGUUACAUCAAUGAUGCGAAAUGAAUUUCUUCCUCUUAUGCAGUCUCUUGAACAAAGUAGUGAGAUUCUGUCUAAAACGUACGCAUUAGAACUUGCCUUGACACUUGCUCGUUUUGAUGCAUUGUUAAAAGAGGAAGAACGACGUAUUUUUGUUUGCGUAUUUGAUUCUCUUUCAAGGCAUCUUCUUAAAGAUUUACAUCACUUUGUAGAAGUGGAGGGUCUUCUUCAACAAGAUGUACUAUUCUUAAAAGAAUUAGCAGAACGGUGCCGCAUGAUUGAUCAUGUUUGUACCUGUCGUACACGUAAUAAUAAUAAUAGUAAUAAUAAUAAUAAUAAUAAUAAUAAUAAUAAUAGUAGUAUUGGUAACGUUAGUUCUAGUGGAGCUUUAAAAGAAAAUACACGUUCAACAUUAAUUCCCUCAUCUUCUUUACCCGAUACUACUUCGCCUCGGGUAGUGGUAGAUGGGAAAGGUCAACAGACGACACAAGAUGUAGUAGAUGGAGUUUCAGUAAAUUGCUCUUUCUCUGAACUGCAGCAGGUAUUUCAUGGUAAUGUAGGCAAUAAUCAGCAAUUUGUGCAACCUAUUGCAACCCCUUUGAUGAUGACUAGUGGGAGCGGAAACGUAAAUACAAACGCAAAUGAAGUUGUAUCAAAUCAAUUUAAUGAUUCAUUAACCCCAGCAAACCGUAUGUUUCAACAACAAUUGCCUCUAGGGACAAUUCCAUCACGGAAUAACAAUGGAAAACAGACGACUUCAUGUCGACGAGAAGAUUUUCUAGAUUUUUUGAUGGGUCGACUGUCAAAAAGUGAUAUUACAUCCUUAGUCGAUAUAGUGUUUCCUCAUGAUAGCAGUUGUGAAAAAAAUCAAACCCCUGUUAAUAGCGAUGAAAAGGUCACUUCUAUGGGAAGUACCCAAACUAAUAAUACAAGUUUCCUUGCGGAAAACGGUAAAAACAAUAGCAACGAUAAUCCCGUAAAUCAAUUUGGUAAUAACCCUCAACCUAUGGAAACUGUGACACCGAUACACUUUUCACAGAAAGUAGAUGAUAGUGACUGUAAUACACAAGUAAAUGAUGGAUUUAAGACAGAAGAACAACAAGGGCGUUAUUCCCUUUCUCCUUCCUCCACUGGAAGUCGUACAGUUAAUCAUACAGCUUUAUAUUUAAAUAUGUUGAUAGAAACUCUUGUCUUUCCCAAGUCAUCUGCAGCUCCUUCCCUAAACAGUUCCUUUGGUAGUGUUGAGGAAGUAGAAAGAAAUGGCAGUUCUGUAGAUGUUGUUACUAAUGUUGUUGAUCGUUGGCGUGGUGGAAAUAUACAACCCAGUGAUUUGGGUGGAAGACUUCUUGAAGUACCAUCUAAAUCAGCACUGGGAUUACUUUCCACUGUUUUUCCAUCCCUUCAUAACUUUACAGAGGAAUUUAGAAAAUUUGCUGAGAUGGUAGCAGAAGAAGGAUUUUAUACUUCAUCUUUUCGUGGUAGUGGUAGUGGUGGUGUUGGUGGAAAUAGUACAGUUGAUUCUCCAAGGGAUAAUUCCCGCCGCAUGCAAGGUGUUUUUCCCCGAUCUAAAGUUUCUGGUAAUGGAUUACCACUUAGGGACAAUUAUGGUGAUGUGCCACAUCUUAACAUUACAGGUGCUUUAAUGGCAGAUGCUGGUGGAAGUAUACGACCUGCUGAUGUUGUCUUUUAUGCUUUUAUUCGUUCAAUACAGGAAUUGGAAAAAGAUAGUGUAGUUGUGAUUACUCCAAGGGGUGAGGUUCAGAAACGAACAAAAGAAACUAUUUCUACUGAAGAAAGUACUACAUUAAGAACAAUGACUAUUCCUCGUCAAAUGGUGAUGCAACUAGAAUUAAUGAUAAAACAGGUACAAGAAUCAAUUGCUGGUAUUCAGGUUAUGCAAGAACAAAUACGGGAGGAAGUUACUUUACUUGUUUUUCGUGUAAUUACUACUAUAGUAGAUUUUCUUAUUCCUGCUGUAUAUUUUGUGGACCGGCGUGUAGUUCUUUUCUAUCGUAAAUGGAUGUGUGAUAUGUAUCGUCUUCUUUGGGAAGAAGAUCUUCUAGAUCGAUUUUCAGCUCUUGUAAUGAAUUCCAUUCCAGAAGUACCUCAUGAAAUUUCAACAACAGCGAUAUCAUUACCUCCUAACGCUCCAGUAAAUACGCCACAAACACGUACAAGUGCUACUCCUCCUAAUACUUCAAUAACUCCAACACAAGGAAGAGUAAGUGUCGGUAGUAGCAGUAGUGGUGGAAGUAGAAGACGUUCUGGAGGAAAGUCUGGGUCUUCUGUGACAGUGACGAAGCGUACAGAUACUCCUACCUUACCAGAAAAAGAGAAACCCAAAGUAGAAGUAGAGGAGACUACCAAAGAAAAAGAAAAAGAAAAGGAAAAUAACAUGGAAGUAUAUAUUUCUCCAGGAAACGCCUACUCACGUGCUUCUCGUAAUAGUGGAAAUGGAAAUGAUUCACAGGCAUUUUCAAAUGCCGCGUCCGCACUUGUCUCAUCUCUCUUCUUUUCUCAGGUGUCCGUUGCGGAUGUUGAUCCACACAGCUUUGGCUUCUUUGAUGAUCCGGCGGUGUUGCUGGCGGAAUCGUUGUUGGAGGACACAUCCACAGACACACCACCACCACGCGGAGUUCUCAUCACGCGACUCAUGGCGGCAUUACUGCGCGGCACCAACACCGACAAACUACGUCGACUCGCAUCUAUGCAAGAACGUACUGUACGCAGCCGACCGAGAAAAGAACGAUCACCGGAAAUGCAACCCGUUGUACUGCGCAAGACGGCCUCUACACUGCGGGGCAGACGGCAGCCGCUGCGGAAGAAAAAUACACCGUCGCCGCUGAAAGUCACACCAGCCGCACCAACUCCUCCUCCGCCUUUACCACCACCCAUACAACCACUUGUAGGUACGGAAUCUAAAACGGAGGCAACAGCAGCAGCAGCAGCACAACAACAACAACAACAACAACAACAACAACAACUGCGAUUACGCUACCCUAUAGUCACGAAUGUUGAUGAGGUGAAGGCAUUGUAUAAUAGUGCACUUUCUGAGGCAGAAAUAUUACUAUCACCCCUCGAUCCUAUUCGCGCCGCCCUCGUCCAAAAUACGGUUGAUUUUUUAGUCUCGGGUUUACAUAAUGUAACAGAGGCGUAUGAAAUUCUUGAUGCCUACUUGGAUGACGUUGGAGGUGAGCCAAUUCAACCUCUCGUCACGGGACGUGUGGCACUUGACAGUAACUCAGAUCACUCCAGAGGUGGUGUAGAUGGGAGUGGCAGCAAUAAUCUUCAUAGUGCCUUUAACCCACUCAAUCCAUCCGAUUCGCCUUUUUCUGUUAUUUCUGUUCGGCGUGCCAAAGCUAUGCCUUCUGAUACCAUAGCAUCAUCAGGCACAACUGGGGUAAGAGGACAUACUUCUCAUGGGAGUCACACGAUGUUAUCAAAACGAAGCGCUCAUGUGGAUAAAGAAAAUAGUUCCGCUGCUGUUAUGGUUCUACCUUUGAUACCAAAAGUUAUUCCAUCAUGGAAUUCAAAGGAGGAAAGUGAACAAUUUUUCUUGAUUCUUUCACUGCUACGACGCGAGUAUAUUUCUCUCCGAAACUCACUUGGUGUUGCAGCAUUGGCUACUAAAACUGAAGCGAAGGAAACAUCUAUAAAGUAA